ACAUACUUCAUUGAUGUAAAGAAAAGCCGACGUCGUUUAAGUGCAAUUAUGGUAACCUGAUACGAUUGUGGUCGUAAUUUGUGUUUUGGUGGGCGUGGGUCAGUAUUAGCGCUUGUGCCAUCUGUUCGCGCUGAACGGCAGGACACGCGGAUGGACUGUAGCAGCCCAAGUGGGAGUGAAACAAUAGCGUCCAUCUGUUUGUGUAGCUACUAAAAGUUAGUUGAUCCCACAUUUCCCGGGCAAAAGACAAUCAUAACAUUGAGGAUAUUACGAGUGGUCCCCCCCUUAGGUCAGAUGGGGCCCUCUCACCAAUCCAUCAUUUUGCUGGUUAUCAUGGUAACCAUGCUCCUUCUCUUGAUGGGAUUGAUCUUAUGGCUUCUACAUCACUGCAGAGAAAGGCACCGGAGGAGGAAGAAGGGGACACAGUGGCCGGGGAUGCGGCUAGUGGCCCGCGAUCAGGCCACUUCCACCAGCGGCCUGGCUGUGGCCGCGGGGAUUCUGCCCCGAAGCGAGGCUCCCUGCGCUGUGUCUCAGAGCUCCAGCUGGGCCGAGCUGUCGGAGCGCGGGGGGGGCUUGGGGCGGCGUGCCAGCGGCCUGCUGGAGUCGGGCAGCCUGGGGUCCCCCUCCGGAGCCUGCUGGAGGCCGGGGGACGAGCCCAGCCUGGUCAGCGGGGUGCAGAGGAUGCCUGGCUCCACCGCCACGGUUGCCGGAGAGGGGUCCAUCACGGUCACACCGGCUGGGCGCGCCUCUCUCCCCCAUCAGCAGGAGGAGCAGCUGAGGCUGAGCUCUUCUCCCCACGGCCUGGAAACCCAGAGGGUCCCGCCCCUGCCUCAGUCCCCCGUGCUCAGCUACCUCUCCCCGGCCAGCCCGCGGCUGCCACGGCAACCCUCGGCCGUGCUGGCUCCAGAGGGCCCCAGCAGGAACGCGUCCCACGUUUCAGAGUCCAGCUCGGCCCCCAGCACCCUGACCCAGAGCUCGGGGCCGGCAUCCCCUCCCGGGGCCCGGGGGACGGGGGAGCGCUCCCUGCUGGAGAGAGCCCGGUCCAGUGGCCUGUUCCAGCGCUCUCGAGCCUGGGUCGUCUCCUGGGCCGACGCCCUGCCUAAACCGGGCCGCGGGGGGAGCCUGGACUCAGGGGUGGACGUGCAGGAACUCCCGCGCCGGGGUGGCCCCGCAGACGGGGGUUCGGGGUCCCUCAGUGUGCCCCCGAAUGGAGCGAGAGAAGGGGCAGACCUGGGACCAGGAAGGGGUGACGGGGGCCAGGGGGAGGCGAGUAUCUGCCCCAGGGAAACGGCUCUCCCACUGGGCAGUGAUGGCAAGAGCAGCAGGCCGAGCCUCUGGCAGAAAUGGGAGGAGAGGCCCCUCAUAGCCUUCAGAUGAAUGAGCAGGACUGGCUGUCAUACCGAUUUAAAACUGUACACUUCAUUCUGUGUGUGUGAGGCAGCUUGCCCUGUAUAUCUCUGUGACAGGCUUAUAGAUAACCUUUCCCUCACGCUUUUCCCACAACUUGGUUUAGCUCUCAGCUUUUGUAUGAUUUCGACAUUUUUGGCCAAAUCUCAUGUUCCUUCUACCUUUUAAAGAAGCAAAAUUGAUGUGCCUUUUUUGGCAGAUGCAGAUGUUUUUGUGUGUAAUUUAUUUUUUUGUGUUGUCUUUCCUGUCAAAUGCAUCUUGCACUAAAUUUCAAAAUUAGGAUUCUAAGAUGCAUUUGACAGUUUGCAGGUUUUCAUAUUUUGAAUUUCCUUCACGAAUGAAUACAAUGCAUUGACAUGAUUUGUUUGAAAUAAUUUAUUUAAAAAAAUAAAAAUUUGCACACUUAGUAUGAAAUAUGCUUUACAUAAAAUGUCAGUUUUUAUAUUAGUGAGGCUACAAAA